CGGGUCGGGACACCCGGGACUGGAAAUUGCUUUAUGAUUUUUUUGAAACCACCAUUCAGUUCCGCCUCAGAUCAACUUGUGCUGCUGCUGAACGUCUGAAAUGGCAACUAAACAACUAGCAAAACAGCUUGGCUUGAUAAGAAGAAGCUCCAAAACGUCUCAGACUUCAAGCAAUGUCUCACGUCCCAAAGCUAGGCAAUUUUUUGAAUAUCUAAUCAUCAUCGACUUUGAGUCAACUUGCUGGAAAGAUGGCAAGCAUUCCACUCAAGAAAUCAUUGAAUUUCCAGCUGUUUUGUUAAAUGUGUCAAAUGGGGAGAUAGAGUCUGAAUUCCACACGUAUGUGCAGCCCCAAGAGCACCCAAUACUCUCAGACUUUUGUACAGAACUCACCGGUAUAAAUCAGCAACAAGUUGACGAUGGGGUCCCAUUGAAGAUCUGCUUGUCACAGUUUAACAGCUGGAUUCAGAAGCUCCAAAAAGAAAAGGGCAUUGCUUUUGUUACUGCUGUGCCCACUCAUUCCUCAGCAGAACACAAGAUGUGUGCCUUUGUUACUUGGUCAGAUUGGGAUUUGGGAGUCUGUUUGUUAUAUGAAUGUAGACGGAAACAAAUGAAAAAACCUGACAUUUUGAAUUCAUGGAUUGAUCUCAGAGCAACAUACAAGCUCUUUUACAAUCGCAGACCAAAAGGAUUAAAUGGGGCUUUGCAGGAUUUGGGAAUUGAAUUUUCUGGAAGGGAGCAUUCUGGUCUGGAUGAUUCCCGCAAUACUGCAAAGUUGGCUUGGAGAAUGAUCUGUGAUGGAUGUGUGAUGAAAAUAACCAAAUCUUUAGAUAAGGUGAACCAUAAGAUUUCCUAUACAAGACACCAGCAAGUGCUGCCAGCUCAGGAUGCCAAUUCUGUUCAAGUCGGUACCAUCCAGACCUCCGAGAUGCAUUCUGAGAAAAAUCCCCAGCCAUCUUUUGAUAAGACUGCUGCUUGUGUCAGUGUUAUGAACCUACAGAAGGAUCUAGAGCCUAGUUCUCUAAAAAUAAACGGUAAACCAAUUGUUGGUCGAGACAAAGCUGUUACAAUGCUAAAUGGACACCAAGGUCAAGAAUCAUUACCUUCCCAGACUUUAAUAAAUGGAUUGUCUACAACUCUUGGUAAUGGUCCCAAACGCUGCUUUACCAACAGAACUUCACUCGGCACUCUGCAAACUGGGGUGUCACUUGGAGCCUUUACUUCUACACCAGCUGAGCUCCCCUCUUUAGGUUCAGGACAUGUUCUUAUGUCAACCACUGUUACCUCAGUUACUGAUAUCUCUGCUUUGGAUAUCAGCUCUACAUCCGACUGCUUAUCUAUGCUGGCUGAUUGGGAAGAUGCUGCAGUUAUUGAAGACUCGCAGGAAGAGCCAAGUGUCCCAACAACUGAACAAUCGGAUUUGUUAAUGGCACAGACAUCGGUUGACGUAACAUUGCCAGAAACAAAUAUGGCUUACUGCAAUGGACUAGGAAAUCAGAAAUAUGGUAGUUUUCAUCCACACUCUAUAGCAUAUCAAAGCCGUAAUACAACAAUUUAUAAUAUUAAUGUAAAGCAAAAUGUGUCUAGUUGUUCCACAUUUAAAGUACCUGGUGUGUUGGCAAGAAGAUCCACUAAUAUGAUGCCAACAUCUGCACAGCUAAACAAAAUGUCUACAUCUUUGCCUUCAUUUCCAAAAAGGAAGCUUUCAAGUGUAAGCUUUUACUCGCCCCCCAAAAAACAGCCUUUUAUUAUACACGAAGAUAAGUGCUCUUCAAAUAACCGAUCUCUGCCAGUGACCUCUAGCCGCCCUCACAAUGUGCCUCCUACUGUUUUAAAUGCUACAGUGAAUAACACCUUCAAAUCUGCUCAGACUGGAAAAAUCACUGCCCCUAUGUGUAACUGUGGUCGGAGGGCAAAGAGGCUCACUGUUUCUAACGCCGGCCCUAACCAGGGCAAAGCCUUCUACACCUGCUCUGUGAAGAAAAGAAAUGAGGAAAACAAAAAAGGCUGUGACUAUUUUAAGUGGGAACAAACCGUUGUCAAAGAGAAAUCUGCUCAGUCCACAAUCAUACUGUCUAAAAGCGGAAUUUCAUUUAGCUCCAAUACAAGCUUCACUGCAGCAAACUCUGCCUCUCGCAGGUCGUUUGUUUCCUUAAGACCCUCUAUGAGAACAUGAUUUUGGAUUCAAGAAAACUUACAUUUUUAAUGAAUUCCUUAACACAGAAACAUUGACAUAAAUGUAAUGUUUUUCUUUACAUUUUUAUUAGACUCUCGCCUUAAGCUCAGACAUUGGAGCUUUUAGAAGAAACCAUGAACGUAGUAUAUUUUUAAUCCUAUACUCCUGCAAUGUGCAAAUGCGAAUUCAAUCUAGAUGCCAUCUUGUUGAGAUCAUGGAUGUUCUUAAUAUUUUAAUACAUUUGCUCUUUUUAACAGACUAUGAAAUAAUGACUUUUUUUACUAAAAAAUAUUUAAUAAACUUUUUUUCAAAUAUA